AAAACACGGUCCAUGAUUUCAUACCCUAUAUCACAUUUGACCCACUUUAAUUUAUUCUCCAACUACAAAAACAAUUCCAACUUUUUUUAUUAUUUACACAUACACACAUAUUGAGACAGAGAGAGAGAGAGAGAGUGAGUCACAAGAAUUACGACCCUAAACCAAACCCAAUUCUUAGAAAGGAAAAAUAGAGAAAGAGAGAAAUACAUAAAUAUAUGGAAGAUGUACGGAGGAUCGUGGUGGUCGUAGAAGACAAAGAAGCGGCGAGGACGGCGUUACAAUGGGCACUACACAACCUCCUCCGUCAAGGUGACGUCAUAGUCCUCCUCCACGUCUUCUCUCCUCCUCCGUCGCGUAAAAAGAAAUUCACGGCGGCGCGUAAUCUCCGCCGUCACGGAUACCAUCUCGCACUCUCUUUCCGUGAAAUCUGCGACUCUUUCUUCAACACGCAUACGGAGAUCAUCGUGAGAGAAGGAGACGAUGAUGGCAAUAUGAUUGCUCAAGUUUUGAAAGAGAUUGGUGCUUCUAUGCUUCUCGUUGGUCUCCAUCAGAACAGCUUUCUUUACAGAUGGGCAAUGAGUGGGAUUGACGUAUCAAGACAUUUUGAUUGCAAAGUGAUGGCUAUAAAGCAACCUUCACCAGAACUUUCACAGCCGGCAAAGGUUAAGGGACACAAGAUCUCACAGAGGACAGCUACAUCAGACUCAGAUAGUUUAACUAAUUUUGACUUUUCCCAAAUUGAAAUUUCCGGAUUACAGGCUCCUGAGAUUCCGACACCACCUAAAGUGCCGUACAGGUUAUGUCCGAGUCCUCACGCGAUACUAUGGAGAUCAAGGCCCCGGAGGAGAUCCAAAGACCAGUUCGGUCUCGUUUCAUAGUUUAACUAUAUUUAUUUGAGACAUAAAAUGAAAAAGCAAAACUUUACUCUCA